AUGAUCAUAAUGACGUUUUGCCGCAACCAAGGUGUCAAACCGUCCUUAUUUCAUGAUGAUCUGUUUCAAAUGAUUAAUCGAAAUACACUGUACGUACUGAUGAUCCAGUCCAUCGAAUUUCAUUUCACGGUACCUCCGAAUGAGCAACAUCUUCCACUGGGCGAUUCAGUACUCACUCGUUUACCGAGUACCAUGCGCAAAAUCAAACUUGAAAAAUGUCAAAAUAUCACUGCCAGAGGCAUCUGUGAUUACAUCGAGGUUAGAUAUUUUUUUUGCAAGAAUUUGAUCAGUAAUUCUAGAAUAUGUACGCUGGUAUGCAACAAAUUGCUCUAA